AUGGUCAUACUAAUAUCACCGCCCGACUAUUGAAAACGGGAUACAAACCGGUAAUGAACGGGGAAUUGGGCAGAGUGGGAAUCCGCCUCACACACACCGACUCCGUUGGUUUCUACCGGGGAUUUUACGGAGGAGUAGCCAACACACCGAGGGCUUGAUAUUAACCCAACCGUGACCGACCUAUUAUCUGUCGGUCUGACGUUGUCCUUAUCGCCGGCGUAUUGAGGGACAAAAAAACAGCCAAGGGGCUGUUGACAGGACGCCUGUGUUUGUUUGUGUGUCUGUGUGUGUGUCAUUGUGAGCAAUCAUGUUCCGAAACAGCCUGAAGAUGUUGCUGGGAGGCAAAACCCGCAAGAACAAUGGUGGUGGCAGUGGCCUAGAGUCAGAGGGGUCAGAGGUCAGGAUGAUGGAGGGAUUUACUCGUUCACUUCCCUCUUCUCCCCUUCUCAACCUUCGUCUGGUGAAAAGAACAGUUGAGGAUGAGGAGCUUGGACCCCCGCCCUCAGUUGAUGAGGCGGCCGAUGCUCUGAUGACCAGACUGGGCUUCCUGCUGGGGGAAAAGAUAAUGGGUGGAGAGCCAGGUUCCCCGUACCACACCCAGGAUGAUGGACAGAGGAUCUCUCCUUCCUCCAGUCUGGCCAGUAGCAGCACCUCCCCCUGCUCCACACUGCAGCCUCCUGCUGGAGGGGAGGGCAUCAGCAACAAACACGCAUCCUCCAGCAACGCCACCGUCACCUCCCCCACCUCAACACUGGAGAGCAGAGACAGCGGCAUCAUAGCCACGUUGACCAGCUAUUCUGCUGAGUCAGCAGCAGAGCGGGAUGACGGCUGCAAGUAUCCCGGCGACGGUUACCGUGGCAGCAGCCUCAAUCUCUGGCAGCAGGGGGGGCGGCAGGUGGUGGCUUCCACUUCCUCUUCCAGUAUGAUAGCAGCAGGAAGCGCCAAUGACGGCUUCCUGUACAGGGUGGAGGACAUGAUGGCCUCCUCCACUUACAGCCUCAACAAACUCCACCCAGACCGAGGCCCUGGCUCCGCCCGCUCAUCAGGCUCCACCCACUCCAUCCCUCUCUACCUCAUGCCCCGCCCUAAUUCUGUCGCUGCCACUAGUUCUGCUCACCUUGAAGAUCUAGCCUAUCUGGAUGAGCAGCAGAGGCACAUCCCUUCCAGAACGUCCCUCAGAAUGCCCAGACAGAAUUCUGGGAGUCGUAGUCAACAGGACCACAGAGUUCGUUUCACUCCCUCUCUCAACCUGAAGCGCCUCCACUUUGAAGUUCCCGGUCUCUCGUCUGAUUGGCUGUUUACUGGCAGGGAGUGGCUCUUCCAGGAGGUGGAUGCUUGCCUUCGCAGCGGUGACCCAUCAAACACUCGAGGGGUGGUGAUCAUUGGCAACAUGGGCUUUGGCAAAACAGCGAUCAUUUCCCGUCUGGUGGCGCUUAGUUGCCACGGAAACGGCACGUCGCAAACCACUACCAGCAACCAGACCAUGCCUAAACCCCUCACUCCAGUGGCAGAGGCUGCUUCUUUCUCCCACGACUCCCUGAGAAGAGGAGGAGGGGGAGAUGAAGGAGGGGGAGGAAGUUGUCCAGGGACUCCGGAGAUGAGGAGGAGACAGGAGGAGGCCCUGAGGAGGCUCGCAGGGCAGGUGGUCUCAUAUCAUUUCUGUCAGGCUGAUAACUGUCACACAUGUCUCGUUCCGGAGUUUGUUCACAACAUGGCGGCCAUGCUUAGUGACGCCCCUCAGCUGUCGGCCUAUCGGGAGUUGCUGCACCGAUCACAACAGCUACAGAGCACCCUUAGUCUGCGUUCCUGCAUCCAGGAUCCGAGCUCCGCCCUCCAGAGAGGAAUACUAGAACCGCUGGACGCUCUCUACAGAGAGAGGAAGUUGCACAUAGAGGGGGCGGGACUUAUUAUACUGAUCGAUGGGCUGAACGAGGCAGAGUUCCACCGGCCGGACUACGGUGACACACUGACUUCCUUCCUAUCCCGAAACGUCCAGAAAUUUCCUACCUGGUUGAAGGUCAUUACCACUGUCAGGACCGGCCAGCAGGACAUCACUCGCUCUCUACCUUUCCACUGCAUCUCUCUCGACAAGAUGGAAGAAAACAACAACAUAGACCAGGACCUGCAGGGUUACCUGAUGCAGCGUAUCCACAGUAGUUCAGAGAUCCAGAGCAACGUGUCGCUGAGCAAUGGUCGACUUGAUAACACGGCACUGGCCAAGCUGAUCAGCCACCUCAAGAGCCUCAGCAGGGGCUCAUACCUUUAUCUGAAACUGACCUUGGACCUGAUAGAGGGAGGAUACCUUGUUCUAAAGAGUUCUAGCUUCAAGGUGGUCCCUGUGAGUCUGGCAGAAGUCUAUCUGCUGCAGCUCAACAUGCGGUUUCCCACCCAGUCGUCUUUCCAGAGAGUUCUGCCACUGCUCAACGUCACUGUGGCGUCGCUGCACCCACUGACCGACCAGCAGCUAUUCGAGGUGGUGAACGCGGGCGCUCUGACUGGAGGAACGCUGCACUGGGGAGAGUUUGUUCACCGUCUGGAGCAGCUCUCCUCUUUCCUGCUGCGGCGGAGCGACGGCAGCAGGAUGCUGAACCACGCCUCCUUCAGGGAGUGGCUGAUGUGGAGAGAGGAGGGUCAGGACGACAGGUUCCUCUGCGACCCCAGGAGCGGUCACACUCUGCUGGCCUUCUGGCUCUGCAGACAGGAAGGAAAGUUGAAUCGACAGCAGACACUGGAGCUCGGACAUCACAUCCUAAAGGCUCACAUCUACAAGGGUCUCAGUAAGAAGCUAGGGGUUUCCUCCUCAGUUCUCCAGGGGCUGUGGCUGUCCUACAGCACAGAGGGUCUGAGCCCUGCCCUCUCGUCGCUGCGCAACCUCUACACCCCCAACAUCAAGGUGAGCAGGCUGCUGAUUUUGGGCGGGGCUGAUGUGGAUUCCCGUAGCGAUGUCCUCAACAAUGCCCCCCUGUUGGGGGUCCACGCUCACCUGGGCCACAGUGAUGCUGUGGCACUGCUGCUCGACCUUGGAGCUCAGGUGGAUGCUCAGUCACAGGAUGGUUUGACUGCGCUAGGAUUCGCUGCUGCAGCUGGACAUAUGGACAUUGUCUCCAUGCUGAGUCAGCACACAGCGAAGGUGGGUCAUGUAGACAGCUCAGGACGGUGUGUGUUUGUCCACGCGGCUCAGCGGGGCCACCUCGAGGUGCUGCGCUUCCUGCUAAAGCGUGCAGACUGGAGCUGCUCUUCCUGCUGCGGCCAAAGGGGGGCGAGCAGGUGCCAGGCGGUGCAGCAAGCUCUCAUCGCAGCAGCCAGCAUGGGCCACACAGAGAUCGUGUCGUACCUCCUGGAUCUUCCAGAGGAGGACGAAGAAGAGGAGGAGAGACCUGAGAUCAACACACCUGACAGUCUUUGGGGAGAAACAGCCCUGACAGCAGCAGCAGGAAGUGGCAGGCUGGCUGUGUGCAGGCUGCUGUUGGAUCAGGGCGCUUCUGUUGAGCAAGGCAACAGGCGGGGUGUGGCACCCCUCUUCAGCGCUGUGAGACGUGGCCACUGGCAGGUGGUGGCGCUCCUGUUGAGUCACGGGGUGGAGGUGAACAUGGUCGACCAGCAGGGUCGAACUGCUCUGAUGACGGCAGCCUCAGAGGGACACAUGACCACCGCGCAGCUGCUACUGGAUCACGGAGCCUCUCUUGACCAGACUGACAGAGAAGGCUUAACACCGCUGAGCUGGGCGUGUCUGAAAGGCCAGCUCCCAUUGGUCAGAGAGCUGGUGGACCGAGGUGCAGCCACAACUCACGCUGACCGCAGUGGACGGACUCCUCUGGAUCUGGCUGCUUUCCGCGGCGACCCAGAAGUGGUGCAGCACCUGGUGGACCAUGGUGCGUCGGUGGAGCAUGUGGACUGCAGUGGGAUGCGUCCUUUGGAUCGGGCCGUCGGCUGCAGAAACACCUCAGCAGUCAUCGCUUUGCUCAGAAAGGGAGCCAAGAUAGGACCAGCAACCUGGGCCAUGGCGACCUCUAAACCAGACAUCUUGAUGGUUCUACUCAGUAAACUGAUCCAAGAGGGAGACCGACUGUACAAGCAAGGUAAAGAGAGGGAAGCUGCUCACUCCUAUCAGUCAGCUCUCCAGAAGUUUCCGGGGGACGAGCUGAAGACGUUCCGACAGCUGAGAGUGUGUGUGCUGCUCAACCUGUCUCGCUGUCACCGCAAGAUGAACGAUUUUGGCCUCGCUGAAGAGUUUGCCACCAAGGCGCUAGAGCUGAAAUCUAAAUCCUAUGAAGCCUUUUAUGCCCGAGCCCGCGCCAAACGUGGACGCAGACAGUUCCAUGCAGCUAUGGAGGACCUGAUUGAGGCCAGCCGCCUAUGCCCAUCCAACCGGGAGAUCCAGCGCCUGCUGUCCCGGGUCAAGGAGGAGUGUCGGCAGGUGGCACAACAACAACAAGACUCUCCCCCUGCUUCGUUACAUCCUGUUUAUCAACAAAAUGUGGCCAUGUCCAUCAACGAGGCCAGGUGCAGAGAUUCAGGUUGUCUGCAGGUGCAGGACAGGGAGGGGCUUACUGAAGAAGAGGAGGAGGAGGAAGAGGAGGAGGAGAGUUAUAGGGAAGGAGAUGCUCCUCUUCACUCCUCCUCCUUCAACCCUCAACCUGUGGUUCAAAGUCUUGACAUCCACUGCCGCCCUGGGGUGCCUUCACCCUCCUCCCUCUCCCCGACUCACCUGUAUCGCCACCUCCCCAGCCCAACCCACUCCCCCUCCUCCUCUUCUCCCAGUCACUCUGCGCCUCCUCCUCCAUCCUCCUCCUACCACCAUUACAGUCCUCCGCAGCGACCCAGCCCAGUGUCGGAAAGUAUGCCCACGCUGUCAGGAAGUGGAGCUCUGCACCAACAUCUGCAGUCCAUGUCAGACCAGAACCAGGGAACACAGCAGCACCACCAUCUGUCCAAUCAAAGAUCCUUCCAAGGCCAGUGGCUCCAACCAGCCAAGGUCCAGGUCGUCAGAACCUGUCAGCCCAGUUCCUCGGCCCACUCCAGCAUGAUUUUGGCUAGUUCUGUCUACUCACAGUUUGGCCAACUGCCACAAGAACUGGCUGAGCUUGGGGAAGGCAUUUGUCCGAAUCCCCUAGAUAUCAGGCCUAGUCUGCAGGUCCAGGCUGGUCUGAGCUCUGGAUCUUCAUAUCCACUAGAUGAGGAAGAUGUUGACUUUGUUUGCCAGGCAAGAGCUGGAUCUGCCUAUGGGAGAGAAGGAGCAGGGGAUAGGGCAGGGAUGAAUCGAUUUGGUCAGGCUCGUCAGUUCAGUCGCAACCAAUCCAAAGCAGCCUACUAUCCCAUGGAAGUUACCGAGGCGCCAAUGAGGCCUCCCGAUAGCGCCGAUUAUCAGUACCACCAUCAGGGAGGACUACGACGCCCACACAGUACCCACCCAACCUCUUCCCCUGCUCCUCCCCCCCGGCCUCUUGUCCACUCCCAGAGUAUCAGCGUCCGUUUCUCCAGCAGCAGCAGCAGCCUUGCCGGUGGGCAGCCAGCCAAUCAGGGCCCAGGCUUCAGGACCUCGGCCUCGGCACAGCACAUGGAUUUACCUUCAGAUCUGGCCUCUGUGGGAGGGGUGACUGGUUACCAUGAUGACCUCUACCUGAUCUCCUCUCCCCAGUCAGAAAUGUGCAUGGUAGGAGGCGGGACUUAUCCCGGAGAGGGAGGACGCUCAUCUCGGAACACUCCUUUUAUGGGCGUUAGCGACAGAACCACAAGGGUGCACCAGCAGUUCCAACAACAAGCUCCUUCCAGUUCUGCGUCCUGUCUCAGCCCUUCUCGCUCCUGGGCCGUGUCUUCAGUGGACACGGUUGUCACCUCACCGAGCAAAACCCCCACCAACCAAGGAGGCUUUGGUCCCCCCCAGCCGUCCUCCAUCGCCUACCACAACCGCAGCAACAACAACGCCCACAACGACAACCAGCUGGACUACUAUCCUCAGGGUGAAGUUGCCAGUCAGAAUCCCUCUUACCUGGAUGUGAAGCUGGCUCGAACGCUGCCGGUGAUCCACAGCUGCUCAGACAGACCUAGUGACCGACAGACAGGUCCUACCUCUCCUGUCAAACCAAAAAGACCCUUUGUAGAGUCCAAUGUAUAGAGAAAGGUGUAGAGGUCAAAGACAAGGGAAGAGUGUUAAUAAAGAGUGGUUAAAAAGAAGAGUGCACUCAUAUAUUCCAAUAUUCACCGGGGCUAUGGAAUUAUUAUUCCAGGUUAUGCUUGAAAUGUACGACAUGUAGUUUGUAAGACGUUCAGAGGGGCGAGGCGCAAUAAACGUUGGUACAGGGGGGUAACAUCACGCACCUUCCUCGAAGACAUUCAUGGUGUAUGGUUGCACUUAUGCAGUUAUAAACUCCAAAAGUGAUUGAAAAUGUUGUGUGAAGAAAAAGAGAGCUUGAGAGAGAAGAAGUUUCAAUCCUGCCUACGUUUUCACUUCAGCAGAGCUGGCUAAUGGCUGUGUGAAGCAUCCAUGCUUGUUGGAUUGUCGGUUUUGGAAAGACUGAUACCCAAUGACUCCUUUAUUGUUCAGAAGAGUUCAACAUAUACGUUUGAGUUGGAACAUAAUUCCUGUUACAGGUCAGGUCUGUCAAUAAACCAGCCAUAGACAAAGAAAAGUAGCAAGGACGAAUGGAAUAAGGGAAGGAGGAGAGUCAACAUGAGACAGCUCCUGCCGUUACAAAGCACAAUAAGGAAGAGGAAGAUUUGGGAUAAGCAAAAGGAAUCAGGGAGCACAAAAAAUCCUCCCUUCCCUCCCUGUUCAACUCUGACUUAGAGUACAUUUCAAAACUGAAGUCUCUGAAUGCCCACAAUGCACUGCUCUAGAGUUAUUCUGCCAAGUUCACAUAGGCAACUCUACAUGGUGACAUAAAGUCAGAGGGGAGACACAAAACCACCACGAUCACUUUUGUCUGCUGCCUUUAAUGAAGAUUUUCCUCUCUAGUCUGAAUCGCUUACAUGAUACAGCCGAAGACCUGGAUACAAUCACUGCAGGAUCCAGGCUCUAAGACUUGUGCCAGUCAGAUGCUGGUCAGUGACCCGGUCCCAAGCCAUAGUUUGAGAAACUAGGAUGAUGCUGUUAUUGAAUAAGCACUGGCUUGCUGUAUAUAAAAAGGGAUAUUUAUCUUUUUUAAGUUAUAUCUGUAUUAAGCUGUACAAAUAUUGUUUCUCUUAAAACUGUAUAUUCCUUUUGGAUUUUCCUUUAUAUGUUUGUUUUGAUUUUUUUUUACACAGAACACAGGAGUGGAACCUUUCUUUUCUUUGUUCAGCUUUUGGUUAACAUCUCCUGCUUGUGGAUGAUGGCAUUAAUCUACGAUGAACAUCCUGUAAAGAUGAAGGUUGUUGUUGUUGGGUUUUUUUGCUUCAGGUAGAUUUCUUUUUUUUUCUAUAAAAGCCUUUUGUAUUCUGUAGUCUUAAAGGUUCUAAUUUAUGCAAACCACAAGGAUCCCAACUCUGUGCCCUUUACAUGUGCUUACAUACCCCAUGAGCUUGCUAUUGGCUUCUUGUACUGUUAGUAUAUUAAUAAAAGCCAACUGACCAUUUGCUAAA